AUGCCACUGGUUUUUGAUGUCAUUCCCCGGCAGAAUAUUCUGCAUACUAAGUUAUUUCUCAGUGUGAGAUUAGAUCUGUAUUUACACAAACCACUUCUGUUUGGAAUUUCGCAUUUAGUUUUCACCUCAUUCCCUAACCACGGUCAUGAAAAGCUAUGGCUCCAUGGGACAAAAAUUGAACCUGUUAUGAAAAUCAGACACGGUUUCUUCCCUGGUAAAAUUCGAGUUGCUGUCGACGAGUAUCAACAAGAUGUGCCUGAUGAAGACGAUGAUGUGUGUCCGGUUGAAUGUGUGAGAGAGUUCAAGACUGACGAAGAGUUCUGCAAAAUUUUAGAAAAGUUUAAAGGAACUGACACUCUGAUUGUGGUGGAUUUCUUCAGAACUUCCUGUGGAAGUUGCAGGUAUAUAGCACAGGGUUUUGCAAAGUUGUGCAAGAAAUCUGGUAGCCAUGAUGCUCCUGUUAUCUUUCUGAAGCAUAAUGUAAUUGAUGAGUAUGAUGAAGAAUCUGAGGUUGCCGAUCGACUUCGAAUCAGGGCAGUGCCUCUCUUCCACUUCUACAAAGAUGGGAAACUGUUGGAAGCAUUCCCAACCAGAGACAAAGAAAGGAUUAUUGCUGCCAUACUCAAGUACUCAUCUCUUGAAGCAGAAGAUAUUUUGAGCUAA